CCACCACUCUACUCCCAAACAUCUCUCUUCCCCUUUUCCUCUCUUUAUCUUCAACCUCUCUCACAACUCUUUUGUUCUGAAACUGAAAUCAGGACUCAGAGUGAAAUUCCCCCUCAAAAGGAAGGAACUAAAUUGAAAUUACCCAAAAACCAAACCAUGAUGGUUGAAAGCGAGGAUUUGGGUCUCGGUCUCAGCUUGAAUUUUCCUCACACCCAUAACAAUCAAAGCAGCAGCCGCUUUCAGCUGAAUCUGAUGCCUUCUCUCCUCCCAACUUCUGCUGCUGCUUCUUCUUCUCCUUCUGGCUUUCUUCCCCAAAUGCCCCUCUGGAAUAAUCCCUUGCCUUCUUCAGAUCUAAAUUCUAACUCGGAGACGUGCCGGGCCGGGCCCCGAUCAUUCCUGCGGGGCAUCGACGUGAACCAGCUGCCACCGACGGGCGAUUGCGAAGAAGCGGGGGUGUCCUCCCCCAACAGCACCGUGUCGACCGUGAGUGGCAAGCGGAGCGAGAGAGACACCAAUGGCGAAGAUCUGGACCUCGAGAGGGACUGCUCUCGAGGCCUCAGCGACGAAGAGGACGGCGAGACCUCCAGAAAGAAGCUCAGGCUCUCUAAGGACCAGUCCGGCAUUCUCGAAGAGAGCUUCAAGGAGCACAACACUCUCAACCCUAAGCAAAAAUUGGCGUUGGCGAAACAGCUUGGUCUUCGGCCUAGACAAGUGGAGGUCUGGUUUCAGAACAGAAGAGCAAGAACCAAGCUGAAGCAAACAGAGGUGGACUGUGAGUUCUUGAAGAGGUGCUGUGAGAAUCUGACGGAGCGGAACAGGCGGUUGCAAAAAGAGGUUCAGGAGCUGAGAGCACUGAAACUUUCCCCGCAGUUCUAUAUGCAGAUGACCCCACCCACAACACUCACCAUGUGCCCCUCGUGUGAGCGUGUCGGGGUCCCAACCAACUCCUCAUCGUCCGCGGCCGAUCCUCGGCCCCACUCGCAGAUGGGCCCCGUUCAGCGGCAUCCGUUGCCUAUCAAACCCUGGGCCUCCGCCGCCACCGUCCCCCACCGGCCGUUGCCUUUCGACAUCUUCCAUCCCCGGUCGUAGUUUUUAAACCCGUAAACCGAGCGAUGGCAAUUUGGUCAUUUUGCAAAAACCGUAGAAGAAUCUCCCUUAUAUUUUAGCGCAAAACUAAAAAAAAAAAAAAAAAAAAAGGAAAAAAUCAGGGUAUUGAUGUAAUGUUAUUAUUUUGUUUUUUUGGCAAAUGAUAGAUUUGUUAGAUUAGGAAAUCGAAUAUGUUUGAACUACGCUGCGGUGCAAAGGUAAUACUUCUUUUCAUGAUUGUGAUAAAGGACUACUUGCAUUGCAAUUUAAUGUUACUAUUUUGAAAGUGCACGGAGGACUGGCAAAACAGAAGCGGUUGUAAUAGCGUACCAAUUCUUAUAUAAUGUAAAAUUUUCCGAAA